ACUUAUUAAAUAGGUUUUAUUGCAUGGGGCUAUAACAUGACAGAGUCGAGUGGGAACGAGUGGCAUGUGUUGCCAGCAUUGUCGAGCCUCUUGGGAUUGCACUCGGACGUAGUGCGAUCUCUGCUAGCCACAGGCUUCUAUGCCUUCAUGUCUGGUGCUAUGGCCUUCAUGAACAAGAAUCUGGUGUCUAACUACAACUUCAACUGUCCCAUGUUUAUUCUGCUGAUCCAGUUUUUAAUAUUGGUUUUCUGCUUUGAAGUGUUGAAGACGUGCAAGGUGAUAUCAUUGUCAAACUACUCGAUGAAACUGGGUUCGUCUCUUCUCCUGCCAAGUGUCUGCUACAUCGCCAGUUCCUCCUUUGCGCUCCUCUGUCUAAAUGGACUGAACAUCCCCAUGUACAAUGUUCUGAAGAGACUCUGCCCUCUCUUCAAUGUGUUCCUGGGAUACUUUCUACUUCACAAAUACCACAUAUCGGCCAAGGUCUUCGCUUCUGUGUUGCUCAUUACACUAGGGAGCAUACUAGCAGGAUACGGGGAUCUUUCUUUCCAGUUAGACGCUUACGCCUAUGGAAUUUUGAGCUCAAUAGCCCAGAGCAUAUAUCUACUGAUGGUGCAAAAGUCCUCAAAGGAAGACAAUUUAUCAGUGCUCGAUAUCAGUUACAUCACUGCAGUCAAUGCCUUCCCAUUGUGCCUCAGUGCGAUAUUCAUUUUUGACGAGUUCUCAAAACUUCGCGACUUUCAUGGUUGGUUCCUGGAAGGAUUCCUAUUUCACUUCAGCUUAGUGACAGUAUCAGGUACAGUGUUAGUUUACUCGCAAUUUCUAUGCACAGCAGUAACGUCAGCCUUGACGACUAGUCUAGGUGCUACAAUGAAAUCAGUUUUGACUACUAUCAUCGGCUUUUUCACCUUCGGCGGCGUGCACGUUAACGGGACUGGUUUUGCUGGUAUUAUUUUGAACACUCUUGGUGGUGUACUAUACACGUUCUUCAAGUACAUAGAAUCGCAAAAGAAAUCAACUUCAAAUAUAUCAACUUCAAGUAAAUUAGCUUCAAACACCAGAAAUGAAAAUGUUGGCGUCCGAAAAGAAUCAACCGGAUUAAGUGGGUAUGUCGAGGUUGAUCUGGAUGGCCAUAGUAAUGAUGAUUCGCCAGCAUUGAGAAGGUAUCCUCAAGUUCCCAUGAGUCAUAGUGGAUCUCGGUCAGGUGAGAGGGAUCCUGGCAAAUCUUCGGAAUCAUAGUUUCUUCAUUACAAAUGUGAGAGCAAGUGUUUUGUAAUCGGGAACAAAAGAUAGACAAAGCCUCAAUGUCGAAAAAGUUUAUAUUUAAAAAACUAACUUUACCAA